AUGCUCGCGCUCACCCUCUGCGCAGCAGCGCUCUGCGCCGACGCGCUCGACGUGAGCCGGAGGAAGGUCUUACACACACCAGCGGCGCUCGCAGCGCUCGCAACACCGCCGGCGGCCGUCGCCGCCGACGCGGCGCUGUCCCAGUUCGACGACGGCACGCUGGCGCUGCGCUUCCCCUACCCGUCGGGCUGGAGCUGCAAGGGCACGGGCGCGUUCGAGAGCUUGAUCACGGGCCGGCGCGUGACGACGUGCGGCGCGAGCGACGGGUCCGCGUCCGUCGCCGUCGCGGCGCGCAUGGUGCCGUCGAACGACAUCUACAACAACCUCGAGCGCGCCAUCUCCGCCGACGAGGUCGUCGAGAUGACCGUGGACCCGAAGGCGUCCGUCGCGAAGACGACGCUCCGCGACUUCGGGAGCCGGCGCGGCUACGUCGUCGAGAGCUCGCUGGGCCCGACGACGAGCGUGGACCUCUUCACGGUGCACAGCGGCGACCAGGGCCAGUACUGGGCCAUCACGCUCACGGCGACGGCGAAGAACGCCGCGGACCUGCCGCGCGGCGUCAUCGACGCGUGCGACUUCUACCGGCUCUUCGACAAGUAA